UGAAGAUACUUGAUCAAAGUAAAAAAUCAAAGCAACAAAGGGUUCUACCUGUGUUUUACCAUGUAGAUCCAUCUGAUGUACGCAAUCAAAAAGAGAGUUUUGGAGAAGCAUUGGCUAAACAUGCAGAGAAUUGAAUGUUGAUCACAUGAAGUUGCAGCUGUGGAAGGCAGCCCUUCAAGAAGUUGCCAAUUUGUCCGGAUACCAUCUGAUCAGAAAUGGCUGGAACGAAUCAGAAUUCAUUGAAGAAAUAGUUCAAGACAUCUCAAGAAUGGCAAAUGAUCAUUUAUAUUUACAUGUUGCCGAGCAUCCCGUUGGAUUAAAACCUCAUGUAGAAGAUGUCAAUUUGCUUUUAAGCAUUGGUACGAAAGACAUACGAAUGAUAGGAAUUUUUGGAGUUGGGGGAAUUGGUAAGACAACUCUAGCCAAAGCAAUUUAUAAUUCGAUUGCUUUUCGAUUUGAAGCUAGUUGUUUUCUUCCAAUUGAUAGCGACACUUGGAAUCAAGUGAAUCGUUUGGUCCAACUACAAGAGACACUUCUUUUUAACAUUUUAGGAGAGUGUAAAAGUUUGAAGGUUGACAAUAUUGAUACGGGAAUCAGUAAGAUAAAGCGUAGGCUUCACUCUAAAAGAGUUCUUCUAAUUCUUGAUGGUGUAGACCACUUGGAUCAAUUAAAAACAUUAGCAGGAGCUCGUGAUUGGUUUGGUAAAGGAAGUAGAAUCAUCAUCACAACAAGAGAUCAACACUUGUUGCCUGCUCAUGGAGUUGAUUCAACAUAUGAGAUGACGGGAUUGAAUCAAGAUGAUGCUUUUCAACUAUUUUGUUGGCAUGCUUUUAGAAGUGAGAACCCGGUUGACAGUUAUGGAGAGUUUGUAGAACAGAUCAUAAAUUAUGCUGGGAGCCUUCCACUAGUUUUAACGGUGCUUGGUUCGGAUUUAUAUGGCAGAACUAAAAAAGAGUGGGUAAGUUCAAUGGAUGAGUACAAGAAAAUCCCUCACCAAGAUAUUCAAAAAAUACUUCAAACAAGUUAUGAUAGAUUAAGUGAAAACGAAAAGAAUGUUUUUCUUGACAUUGCAUGUUUUUUCAAUGGACAAUGGCUUGAUGAUGUCAUUAUAAAGAUACUAGAUAAUUUUGGGUUUUUCCCAAACUCUUCGAUCCCAAGACUUAGGGAGAAGUGUCUUAUUUCGAAGUCCGAUGGAAGAUUGCAAAUGCAUGACUUGUUACGAGAUAUGGGAAGAGAAGUUGUUCGACAAGAAUCGCUCAAAAAUCCAGGACCACGUAGCAGAUUAUUCUUUCAUAAAGAUGUUCGCAAAGUACUGGAGGAAGAUAUAGGAACAUACAGAGUUGAAGCAAUUGUUGUAGAUUUUCCUGAAGGUGCUGAUAUCAUCCGCUUGAGUCCCAAGGCCUUCAAGAAUAUGAAAAGACUCAGAUUAUUUAGAUGUCGCAAUGCACACUUUUCUGGAGAACCUAAUUGUCUACCUAAUUCAGUAAGUGUGCUUGAUUGGCCUAAUUGUCCUUUACAAUCUAUGCCAUCUGAAUUUCGUGGAGACGAACUCUUUAUUCUACGUAUGCCUGGUAGUCGCAUUCAAGAGAUACACUUGGAAUAUUUUAAGAAUCUCACUGUUAUGAAUUUCCGUGAUUGUGAUUUCUUAACGAAAUUCUCGGAUAUUUCAAGUUGCCCAAAUUUGAAGGAAAUAGAUCUUCGUUCUUGUAAAAAUCUAGUUGAAGUUCAUGAUUCUGUUGGAUUACAGCUUGAUAAGCUUGUUAAGUUGAAUCUUGGUAGAUGUUUCAAUCUAAAGAGCUUUCCAAGGGGACUCCAAUUGAGAUCUCUGAGAUUCCUUGAUCUCAGUGAUUGCUCAAGCCUUCAAAACUUUCCUGAAAUAGAAUGUGAAAUGAAACAUUUACAUGAAGUCCACUUAAUGGGCACCUCAAUAGAAGAAUUGCCUUCAUCCAUUGGGUACCUCACUGGGCUUGCAUAUUUACUCCUAAGUCGCUCCAUAAACCUCAAGCGUCUACCAAGUAGCUUUCAUCAAUUGAGAUCUCUACAGUAUAUGAGCCUCGACCAUUGUCCAAAUAUUAUAAGUUUUGGGAUGGAGGAGGAGAUGCAUAAUGGACAACCCACACCUUAUGUAGUGCCUACAAGCUGGGAAAAUGAAGCUUCAGUAGGUGCAGAAUUAUUCCCAUUGCCGCCUCCAACAAAAUCAACCACUGCUCUUAAAUUGUUUCUUAUCAACUCUGGCCUAUCAAAAUCGAAUUUCUUUGGGCCAUUUAGUUGCUUUCGCAAUCUGGAACUGGAAGUAUUAGAUCUGUCAGGUAGUGAUAUCGUAAGCAUUCCAGCAAGCAUCAAAACAUUUGUCAGAUUGUGGAGACUUCAUUUGGAUGAUUGCAAGCAACUUCAAGAAAUUAUGGAGUUUCCACCGAAUCUAGAAGAGCUUUAUGCUGAUGGAUGCAUAUCACUGGAAAGAUUACCAGAAAUAUCAAAAAUAUUUCAUUUCCCAAUGCUAAAAUGGAUUAAGUUGACCAGAUGCUAUAAAUUAGUGAAUAAUAUGGGGAAUUAUUGUAUGCCAAAUUCUGCAUGGAAUGAAGCUAAGAUGAUAUUUCCAGGAAAUAAGAUUCCAGAUUGGUUCAGCCAUUGCAAGGAGACUUCAAAUGGUAGUCAUCGAUGUGAAUUUGAUAUUAAAGGGUCCCCACGGUAUAAUUUGGAUGACAUCAUAGGAAUUUCUUUUUGUGCUGUUAUUGAACCCGUUGGGACUGAGCGUUUGACUGUUGACAUCAUGAUAGGAUCAACUAAACUCUUUGGUAACAGAUGUGUAGGAAAAUUUGAUGAAAUGGAUUCAGAUCAUGUAUGGUUCGAGCACUUACGACCACGAAUUGUAGAGCCAGCAAACAAUCUGAGGAUUAUAUUUGAAAGCAAUCCAAAUUUAGUGACCUUCAAACGUUGUGGAGUUCAUCUGUCAUACAAAACCAUGAACAGAAUGCGAAAGAUGAUGAAAAUGUUGAUGUCCAUUUGGACGCACCCAUUAAAGAUAUUGGAAAUUUAGCAAAUCCAAUGGAUCAUGGAAGUCAAAUUUCUAAGAGGCGUCGUGUUGAUUAUGAUGAUGAUCGCAACGUCAUUGAAUCCGACUCGUACCCACAACAAAGGAAGCCUGCUUCAACCUUGGACAUCAAACUUUUUCUGAGCACGCUGCCGCCAAUUGAUCCUUUCUUUUUCCUUACCCUUCUGAAAAAGUAUAAAUUAAGUACUUCAAAGUCCUGAUUAAAAGUACGUUUCCUAUUAUAUAUAAUGUCCAGGUCUUUAAUUUCCAUUAUAUUCCCAUGUUUGUAUCUAUAUAUUAAAUGAGUUGAAUCUCUAUUUCAUUCCAUUAUUUUUCUCUA